CAACUCAUUGGUCAGGUGCCUUGCUUGCCUGGAUGGUUGAUUUCUUCUUGUUCCGGGGGUGGCUUGUGCUGGGAGGCAUAUGGAUGCACGAGAUGCUACUACUAUUCAACUCCUGCCAUUGCUGGCUUGUCCCGGAGAAAAUUCCCUUUAACCCGUUCGCUCAAUACCACUGAAAAUUAGACCAUCCCUUCAAUACCAUCACUUUAAUUUUCCAUCCCUCCUAUACCAUCACCGUUAUAUUUUGAGCAGAACACCGUCUACCACCGUUAAACUAGACAAAUCAUAUGUUUUUGUUCCAUUUUUACCCCUCUCCAAAACUUAUGCUUAGUGCCGGACACAUCUCAUCUCCAACCCUAUCCUGUCCCGUGCUGACCCCGCUCCCCGCUCCCAUGCCGCGCCGCCGCACUUUGAUUUGCACCGGGCCCGUCGAUCUCCCCGUCCUGGAUCUGCAGGCCCGUCAGGGGUCAGGAGGGAGACGUACGGCCCCUCCACACGUGGGCAUCGGGGGCGCGCGGCAGCAGGCCCUAGCACCAGGCUGGGCGUUGCUUGGGGGGCGCGUGGCAGCCGCCCCUAGCGCCGGGCAGGGUGCUGCGUGGGGGGCGCGCAGGCGCAGGCCCGUCGCGUCUACGCGUGGGGUGCGGGGCCCUUCUGCGCCCCUGCGCUCGCAGGGGAUGGGGACUCCAUGACAAAACGUCGUCCACUCUUGGCUUCCUGCAGGGACGGACCCUAAGUCGAGCUACCUGUUGGAAAUCAGAAUCAGUUGCAAUCCAAAAAAUCAUAGGAAGGAUUUUUCAUACUUUACCUUCAACAAAAUAGUGGAUUCUGAUCUAUGCAAUUUCAAAUACCUCAUCGCAGAAAUUAUGGAUCAGUACCCUCAUGGAUACCAGGAAGUAGUACAUGUUUUUACUAUGAUGGUGUCAAAAAAUGCUCCCUUGAAGUCCCAACAGAUCAGGAACUCCUUGAGAUGUUUAGCAAACAUGUUGGUAGCAAGGUAGUUCGCAUGACUAUUACAUAUACUAAACCUACUGAUGAUGUGCCUAUUCCUGAGUCCUACACUCCAGAAAAUUAAGAUUUACUUGAUAUCCCAUGCACCCCAUCUAUGCCUUAUCCAUCUCUAGCUGCAGCAAGCCAGUCCACUGAGCCAAUAUCUAACAAACAUACAAAGCCAACAGCAAGCUAACCCACUGAACCUAGCACAAAUGAACCUAAUGAUGAUGACGAUGAGUAUCUAGCAAAUCCUCAACCACAAAAUGAACAUGUGGGUGUCGAUGAUGAAUCCUUGUACUUACCUGCUCGUAAGACAUAUGUGGGUGAGGAAAGCGACUUCGAGUUUGAUUCCAAAUCCGAUGAGAAGUACGAGGUAAAAUCAUACUAAGAUAUGGACAAGAAGUUAAUUCCGGAUCCAUUGCAAAGUUGACUAUGUCACAAACAAUUUGGCAGAGUGCUUCAACAAUUGGGUAAAGAAGUACAAGGGUUUGAAUUUGGAUAACUUUAUGGACUUGAUUAGGCAGCUUAUUAUGGACAAAUGGGAUAUUAGAAGUGAUAUAUCAAAAAAGAUGGAAGGAGUCAUUUUGCCACACAUCAUCAAGGAUCUGAGGGAGCAAAGUAGGAAUUUAGAUAUGGAUGUGCAGUGAAGUGGGAAUAUUCUUGCUGAGGUGUCUAUGAAGGGUGGUAGCGGCUACAAAUAUGUUGUCAACUUAGAAGAAAGAACUUGCUCUUGCAGAAAAUGGCAAGUCUCAGGCAUUCCCCGCAAACAUGCCAUUGCAUUUUUCACAUAUUUUAGGGAACCUUUGGAAAAAUAUGUUGACAUGUUCUACUCAAUUGAGAAAUUCAAGGCGGCAUAUGAGGCUCUAAUCCCAGCUAUGCGUGAUAAGGCACAAUGGCCACAAUCUGACCAUAGUUUUUUAUUGCAUCCACCACACCUAAAAUAUACAGUGAAUAGAAGAUAAAAUCAAAGAUUCAAAGGAUGCAUAGAAGGUGGCACAAUAAGAAAGAAAGGCAUCAGUGCAAAGUUUGCAAGAAAUAUGGCCAUCGCUGGUAUAAGUGUAAGGAUGGUGACCCUGAUGACAUAGCAGCAAUGCUGGCUGAAAAGGUUCCACCAAAGAAAAGGAAGAAAAUUACUGAACCAUCUUGUGAGAGCACUGACCCGGCACCUAAGGCAAUGCAUUUUCCUUAUAGGUCUGGAAGUGGCUCAAACCAACUUGAGCCACUUUCCAUCAAGUACCUGAUGAUACCUACAUGUGAGAUCACACCACCUCCUGCCAUCUCCAAGUCUACAAGAGAGAAGAUAGCUAAAGGGAAGGCAAAGACAGCAGGGAAAAAGAAGAAGAAGGAAGUUUCAGUGCCACCUGAUAGUCCGGCAAUGGGUACUAGAAGCAAAACCCCCCAGAAGGACAGCCCUACCUCAGAUACUAGAAGCAAAAGAAAGCUUCCACUUCCAGAUCUAAACUGCUAGUUCAUUUUGUGGGUUCUAUUUUGCUUGGUCUUUGUAAACCAAAUUGUAAUUUCUUUUGGGGAGAUGUUGUGAGCUACUAGUUGCUUCUAGUACUUUGUUCUUUUGCUAAGAUAUUGUGAGCUACUAAUUGCUUGCUGCUAGUAUGUUGCAUGCAUGGUUGUUUGUAUGGACAAAAAUGGCUGAUUGGAAUAUGCUUGUAUGGACAUCAA